AUGGUCAUCUCCGGCCAUGCACGACUCAACGACGGUGAGACGGUUUUGAAGCUCACGCUAGGUAACGACAAAGUCGACAACGACGAAAGAGCAUUUCUCGCUUGGGUCCCGGAACACACGCUGCAGGCCAAGGAUCCUGAGGCAGUGUACCAGUACUGGGAGAGUCUUCCGGGUGGUAGGGACUACCAGCUGGGCUACGUACAUCAAUGGGCUGCGAACCGUCGUCUGGGUCGCCACGAGCAGCACAACGUUAAGUGGGAGAUCUUCAGAGUUUCGAAAUUCAGAGUCCGCAAAAGAGAGACGGAGCUGCUAGUCCACUGGCAAGGAUACCGAGAAGAAGAGUCUAGCUGGGUUCUUGAACGGGAUAUCGACCAGCAAUCACCUGAAGCUGUUACUUCCUUUUGGAAAGAGCACAUCAAAUCGGCCAAAGUGGCACCUCGGAAGAGGACACGACGACGAUGA